AUGCCUUCAAGGCUCAUGAGAGCCUUCCUUGCAACUAUGUACCUUACUGGCGUCCUACUCACCACCACUGUCCGUGCCGAUGCUCUCAGCGACUUCCGAGACUUGAAGGCUGUCAUCAACUCUGCUGCCAGCACAGUCGGAGCUCCAGCAGACCCAAGCCGAAACUGGGGAUUCUUGCCAGCAGCGCCAGGAUCUGUGAACGGCUGGGUAAAUGCCACCAACGGCACCACUGGGACGAAUCCCAUGCAGGUCUCUCUGGAUGAUCCAUAUCUCGAGUACAUCAACGCUAUUCCGAAUCUUGCGACUGCACUCUCUGCCCUGGGUCGAUCCUGGCAUCGAGAAUUGAACCGUCCGGUAUACGAGGCCAUUGAUGCGCUCCAGCAGUCUAUUUCUGCUUUCUCGACCUCACUCCUCUCGUCCAGCCUCGUCCACACGAACUCUACAAUCCGAACAAUCCGCGCCUCAAGCACGCUUGAAGACGCUCAGAUUGCUUGGAGUCGCACUCUCAAUCUCCCAGGCUCUUCUAAAUCCUCAGACUCAAUCGUACCUUCUUCAAAAACGCGUCGCUCAAUCGCCGCCGAGAUUGAAAUCCUCCGGAACCGCCGCAGCCCUACCAUCCCACGGUCUGCGACGUCCACAGACACCCUCAGCGUCCCGUCAUUUACAACAGGGGUGAAGGCUUCCUUUAUAGAAGAGGAGGAAGACGCUCGUAAUAAGGCCAAGAGACAUCUCCGACUCCGUCCUCUCCCUAAGGGUAACCACUACAGCCACCAUGAGCUAUGGGGACGAGAAGCAGCACAUUGCCAGUCUCGUGAAGGGAAGCCAAGACCAUAUGAUGCAGUCGUUCUCCAGAAAGAGCAACUAACAGCCCUCCGGAACGGCUACAGCAUCGAUGCUCCAGCUAAGGCUAUGGACUUACCUGCCUCUGCUCCUACGGCUCGUCUUGCUCGCCACUAUAAAGCUUAG